AUGGCUUCUGUACAGGCGGCGAGGAGCGCCGAGAAGGAGAAGGCACACGCCGUGUGCCUGCCUGCGCCGGCGCAGGGGCACAUCAACCCAAUCCUGGACGUGGCCAAGCUGCUGCACGGCCGCGGCUUCCAUGUCACCUUCAUUAACACGGAGUACAACCACGCGCGCCUCCUCCGGUCACGGGGCGCGUCGGCGGUGGCUGGCGUCCCGGGCUUCCGGUUCGCCACCAUCCCGGACGGCCUGCCACCGUCGGAGGACAUGGACGUCACGCAGGACGGCGAUUCUGUGUGCAGAUCCAUCGAGGAGACUUGCCUGGGGCCCUUCCGGCGAGUUCUCGCCGAGCUCAACGAUCCGGCUAGUGGCGUCCCACCGGUGACCUGCAUCAUCUCCGACUCGGUCAUGAGUUUCUCCAUCGAAGCGGCCAGGGAGCUUGGCGUCCCCUACGUCCAUUUCUGGGAAGCCAGUGCCGCGAGCUACCUCGGCUUGCGCCACUACCGCCUCCUCGUCGACCGUGGUCUCGUCCCACCGCCAAAAGGUGCCUUGACGACUGAGUAUCUUGACACGCCGGUGGAAGAUGUGCCCGGGCUGAGAAAUAUGAGGUUCAGGGACUUCCCCACCUUGGUACGCGCCACAGAUCCGGAUGGCGACUUCAUGCUGCAGUUGGCCCUCAGGCAAAUGGAGCACGCAACCUGCGCAUCCGCCGUGAUCCUAAACAGUUUCGACGACCUCGAGGGCGAGGAGGCGGCGGCCAUGGAGGCCCUCGGCAUUGCCAAGGUCUACACGAUCGGCCCGCUCCCGCUGCUCCUGGCCUCUUCAGCCCCAUGUCUCAGCAGCGCCCUCAGCCUCAGCCUAUGGAUGGAAGACCACGGGUGCCUGCCUUGGCUCGACGCCAAGGAGCCGGGCUCUGUGGUGUACGUCAACUUCGGCAGCAUCACCGUCAUGACCAACGAGGAGUUUCUCGAGUUGGCGUGGGGGCUAGCCCACAGCCGCAGGCACUUCCUGUGGAUCAUCCGCCCCGAUCUCGUCAAGGGCCAAACCCAAGCGGCGGCUCUGCUGCCCCCGGAGUUCUCCGCCACCACCGCCGACCGCGGCCUGGUGGCCUCCUGGUGCCCGCAGAAGGAGGUGCUGGCCCACCCGGCCGUGGGCGCCUUCAUCACGCACAGCGGCUGGAACUCCACAUUGGAGAGCAUCUGCACCGGUGUGCCGGUCAUCAGCUGGCCCUCCUGUGGGGACCAGCAGACCAACUGUCGAUACCAGUGCAACGAGUGGGGCGUCGGCCUGGAGAUGGAGUGCCACGUCCGGCGAGACAGCGUCAGGGGCCUUGUCACGGAGCUCAUGGAGGGGGACAGGGGAAGGGAGAUGAGGAAGAAGGCACAGGAGUGGAAGGAGAAGGCAGCCAAGGCCACCACCAAGCACGCCGGCUCCUCUCACCGCAACUUCGACAACCUGCUUCGCGACGUGCUCCUGCCCCGGCCAUGA